GGAAACACGCCGUCGCGAACUAAUUACGUGUGGAUUCGUCGACUUCACGCUUGCGUACUGCGACUCCAACGCUGAUGCAAGAAAAUUUCGGCGCAGCGGUGUGGGACUGAUCGAGGGACAAAAAGUAGCCAGAUUUCAUCCACUUUUCAGCCCGCAAACAUGUCAGGAGACGAGAUGAUUUUUGAUCCCAACAUGACCAAGAAGAAGAAGAAGAAGAAGAAGCCCUUCAUGCUGGAUGAGGACGGAGGAGAGGGGAUGGGAGGAGAAGAAGCUAAAGAGGUGGAGGCAAAGGAGGCAGAGCCAGAGGCUGGAGACGACAAGGAGAUGGAUCUGGAUGAAGAUGAAGGCAGAAAGAAAGAGCCGUCUGAUGAUUUGAACGACCUGAACUUCUUCAACCAGAAGAAAAAGAAGAAGAAACCCAAGAAAGUAUUUGAUAAUGAUAUUGAGGAGGGAUUCAAGGAGCUAAAAAUUGAAGGAGAGCAGACAGAGGCACUGGAGGAGGACAACCUGGACUUGAUGCUUCCUACCAAAAAGAAAAAAUCAAAGAAAGUAGACUUUGACGAGGGGGAGACACUGGAGAAGGACGACGCACUUGAGGAUGAUGAGGGGAAGAACAACGAUGGAAUCUCAUUCAGCUCCUCCACAGGACCAGCCUGGGCCGGCUCGGAACGAGACUACACUUAUGAUGAGCUCCUGAACCGAGUCUUCAACAUCAUGAGGGAGAAGAACCCGGACAUGGUGGCCGGAGAGAAGAGGAAGUUUGUGAUGAAGCCUCCUCAGGUGGUCCGAGUGGGAACCAAGAAAACCUCCUUCGUCAACUUCACAGACAUCUGCAAACUGUUGCAUCGUCAACCCAAACAUCUCCUCGCUUUCCUGUUGGCUGAGCUGGGAACAAGUGGUUCCAUAGACGGAAAUAACCAGCUUGUGAUCAAAGGCAGAUUUCAACAGAAACAGAUAGAAAAUGUGUUGAGAAGAUAUAUCAAGGAAUACGUGACGUGUCACACCUGCCGCUCCCCAGAGACCAUCCUGCAGAAAGACACUCGCCUCUAUUUCCUGCAGUGUGAGAUGUGCCACUCCCGCUGCUCCGUCGCAAGCAUCAAGACCGGCUUCCAGGCUGUGACGGGCAAGAGGGCACAGCUCCGCGCCAAAGCCAACUAAGGCCACCGUAACUGGGCUUCCCCCUCUUCUCUCGGCCUCCCCUUUUCUCCUCAGAAGGGCCGAAGCUGGGGUGGGAUGCCCCCUUGAUUUGCUGAAAGGACUCUCUGAAUCGAACUGCGGGAGGGUUUGGCUGUUGUUUAGUUGUGUCGUGGCCUGACCAGGCAGGGAGUGAGAGAGUAUCUAAAGCUGACAGAUGGGGUUCAGGCACUGUAAGCAGAUGAUGUGUACCACAUACACUGUUGGAUGCAUUUGAUUUGUUGUCUGGUUGAAGAACCCUCCACCUCCUAGGUUUUUUUUUGUUUUGUUUUGUUUUUUUUUU